UAUCACCGAAGCGAACUGGAAGACUGCUUUCAUUUCGAACCACCACGAAUUGCGGGAAGAUGGCACCGCAUGACGUUCGCCGUCCACACAAACGGCCGGCAAUCUCCGAUCAGCAAAAGCGGCGGGAACUUUCUCUGCAACGGCAACAGCAGAAUCGCCGUGACGCUCAGCAACAAGCUCGUUCCUUAGCCUCUACGCUCCUCUCUCUCUCAUCCUCAUUCAACGAGUCUAGUACCUCCGAGCCGGUGCUGGAAAUUGAACUAAACGAACUCGAAUCAGAAACGGAAUGUUCGCCGGAGCUCCUAUCGGAGCGUGAAUUUCACGAGCCUGGUCUGAAGGAGCUCGAUGUUCGCCAGGCUUCGAAGCUUAAAGGUUCAGAGGCUCGUAAGUGGUUUUCGAAGCAACUGUUGCUUCCUGAGUGGAUGAUAGAUGUUCCUGAUCGACUUAGCGAUGACUGGUACGUAUUUGCAAGGCCUUCCGGAAAACGAUGCUUUGUUGUUUCUUCCAAUGGAACAACUAUCAGUAGGCUACGAAACGGAUCAAUUCUGCAUCGUUUUCCUUCUGCUCUACCUAACGGAGCAAAGACAAAAAAUGCCUCUGGAUCCGGUCAAACAUAUUCUAUUCUAGAUUGUAUAUUUCAAGAAACAGAUCAAACAUACUACGUCAUUGAUAUGAUUUGUUGGCGGGGAUAUUCUCUUUAUGAUUGCACAGCCGAGUUUCGGUUCUUCUGGCUCAAUUCUAAGCUUGUUGAAACUGGGGCUUGUGAACCACCUUCAUACUAUCACAAAUACAAGUUCAGCUUGGUACCUGUAUAUACAUGCGAUCAAAAUGGUCUCUAUGCUGCUUAUUCAGGAGCAACACCUUUUGUGAAGGAUGGUUUAUUAUUUCACAACAAGCAUUCCCAUUACCAGCCAGGAAAUACACCACUUGCAUUGGUUUGGAAGGAUGAGAACUGCAGUCAAUAUGUUAUUGACACAGAUAGUAAUGGACAAGUUCCAAGCCAACAGCAGCUGGUUUUGGAGCUACAAGGUGAUGGAAAUGUGGCUACAUCAGAUGAUCCUCCUGUGGACUUUGGAUGCUUAGACGGUGACUUGAUCAAAAAGUUAGGGUUGUCUCCAGGCAAUUUAUUGCGAUUCACCAUUGGUGAUGGAGGGUUGACCAUUGUGGACGGGAGGAUUCAGGGGGCAGAUUUACAAUAUACUGGCAAGGUCAAUCGAGCUCGAGCCUUUGCAGAUAGUUACUCCAAGGUUAUGUUUCAAUACGCUGCUCGUCGCUCACCUUUAAAAAUAGAUGAUCUAUUAGCAUCCAUCAAUUCAUUGAAUGAUGGAGGAGGCCGUGAUACUGAAAUGGUUGGAUAGUGGUUGAUAACUCUCGGGACGGUGCUAGAAAUUUUGCUGAGGGACAAAAUUAGUUUUCCUUUGAAAAUUUGUUUUCCUUUUAACUUUCUUUUUUAUGGUCUAAAUUGUGGCAUCCUUCUUCGCUCUGCCAAAUGCUUGGAAAAUUUCUUUAUUUUCCAUGCCGAUUGUAGCCGCUCUGCGUGCCCUCUGGUAAGAGACUGUUAUGGCGCUUAAUAUUUUACGGCCUGUUGCCGACUAGCAUUUCAACCGGGUUCAAUAUGCUGUAUACUGUUGUCCAUUAUAUAGCCAAGGAGGAUCCUGCAUGAAACUCGCGCAGUAAGAACUGGGCACGGUGUUAUUAAUCUUACUUCGAUACUUGAACGUGUCAGAAUUCAUGGUAUUCAACGUGGUUCAAGUUGAAACGUUGGUGAAUCUUUCGCUGCAAACAACUCGGCUCCUUUUAGAGGUAAUCCUUAACAGUGAACAUUUGUAGAUAGUUCAUCGGAUAAUGUAUUGUAAGUUGUGAUUACUGUGACAAAUUAUUCAGAAGUUUUAAUCUUAAAUGAACAAGAAACCUUCCUAAGUUGUAUCAAUGUAUCAAUUUAAGCCAUGAACUUCAUGUAUCAAUUUGAACCCUAAAUUAAUAAUUGUAUCAAUUUAAAUCUUGAAGUUUUAUAAA